AUGGAGGCCUCAGGGGCUCAGCUCCUAAGUUUGGAGGUGCCGGGCGCUGCGCCUUUAGGAGAACCCCCGCCGGCCGAGGAGCUGCCCGCCUCGGAGGGGCCCUGUGUGGAGAGUAGCGAGAAUAGCAAUGGCCUCUCCGAGGCCCCUAACCCCAAUUCUCAGCCCGGCGCCAGCGUCCUGUCCGCUGAGGAAGAGGCAGCCUUCCAAGAGCAGGAGGAGCUGCUGGAAUGCCGCCGCCGCCACCGCGCGCGCUCCUUCUCCUUGCCCGCCGACCCCAUCUUGCAGGCGGCUAAGUUAUUGCAGCAGCACCCGCAGGCUGAGGGGCUGGACGCAGAAAGCCGUGAGCUGGCCGGGGCCUUGGCACCUAGUUCCGGCGACUGCUGCACGAAGUGCAAGAAGCGGGUGCAGUUUGCGGACGCGCUGGGGCUGAGCCUGGCCAGCGUGAAGCAUUUCAGUGCGGCCGAGGAGCCGCAGGUGCCGCCCGCCGCACUCGCCCGCCUCCGAAGCUUCCCCAUGCGCGCCGAGGACCUGAAGCAGCUCGGAGGCCUGCUGGCCAAGGCAGCGGCAGCGGUGAAAGCGGCCGCGCCCCCUUCGCCCCGGUUGUGGCCGCUCUUCCAGCUCCCCGAGCCGGGGGCCGCUGCUGAACGCCUACGGCGGCAGCGCGUUUGCCUGGAGAGCGUGGACUGCUCUGCGCCCUGGGGCGCGGAGGUGACAGGCUCAGGCCGGGUACUCGGAGGUCCUGGCCCGAAGGCUGUGACUGUGCGCUACACCUUCACCGAGUGGCGCUCCUUCUUGGAUGUGGCUGCAGAGUUGCAGCCUGAGUCAGAGGAGCCGCAGUCGCCAGAGGUGUCAUCGGGGGUCGUCAGGCUGGAACCCGGGUCCGGGGAUGGCGAGGAGGAACCGGGCGCCGAGCGUUUCCACUUCUCUCUGUGCCUGCCGCCAGGCCUAAUGUCCGAGGACGUGAACGUGACGGGUCCAGCUGUCCACUUCGCCGUCCGCUACCGCUGCGCGCAGGAUGAGUACUGGGACAACAACGCCGGAGCAAACUACACACUAAGCUUCGCGCGCAGGACGGACGGGCUCUGA